CCCGAUUCAGAGCCCGCCGCCCACGCCCGCGCGCUACCACACUCCUCCGCACGUGCGCCACCACACUCCGCUGCCUGCGCCCAUAGGAUGCAAACCCCACGCCGCUGUUCCUCCGCCCGCUGACCCACCCCGUCCCUGAUGCCUCACUCGCCGCGCUCGUCCCGCCCUAACUCCCCUCCCACUCCAGCCACCGCUGUCCCCUUCUCCCUCCCACCCACGCCCCGCACCCACGCCCCCAACCCCACCCCCUUCUCCUUCCCUCAGAUCUCGGUCUGCCGCCGCCCCCAACCCCACCCCUACCGCCACCAUCGACGACCCUCACUGUAGGCGAGGUCGAGGCCGAGGCCGACCCAAGAUCGAGCCCAUGCCCAGAGCCGCCCCCAAGAUUCGCAGGCAACCCCACGCCAAUCAAGACCCUCGAUCUGGAUCGAGCAGGCGCUCUCCACCGACGGGGCUUGGGCUGGCCGGCGUCCCACGUUGACGUCCUCCUCCCUCCCGCUCCCGGCAACGCGCUCGGUCUCCGUAGCCGGCCUCACCGCCAUAGUCACAGGUACUUUUCCUCACCCUUCUCCCUUUCUUGGUCCUCUCCUCUUUGCUCUCUCUCCCCCGUUUGGCUUUGACUCACUAGAUUCGCUACUGCUGGGAGGUGCAUCGAGUGGGAUCUGCGUGGAGAUGGCGCGGGUGCUGGCGGGGCGCGGCACCCAUGUUGUCAUAGCCGCCCGGAACCUCACCGCCGCCGAGACCAUGUGCCAGGCCGCAACUUCGCAGCCGACUUCACUGAGAGGGGCCUACCGCUCAACAUCCUCCUUCAGAGAGCUGAACGGGGCGAGGCUGGAGGCGUCAGUGAGGGCGUACGGCGGUGCCGGCCAGAGGAAGGUGUCCAACAAAUGGUUAGGAUGUUACCUCCGCCCGCGGGUUUGUGAUUCCCCUCGCUUAUUCCUGCAGCGUACUAUCGCUUUCUCAAGUCAACUCAAGCAACAAUUCAUGUGGCUCGCUCAAUCAGUCAGAGAGCUGAACGGGGCGAGGCUGGAGGCGUCAGUGAGGGCGUAUGGCGGCGCCGGCCAGAGGAAGGUGUCCAACAAAUGGUUAGGAUGUUACCCCCGCCCGCGGGUUUGUGAUUCCCCUCGUCAAAGAGCUGAACGGGGCGAGGCUGGAGGCGUCAGUGAGGGCGUACGGCGGCGCCGGCCAGAGGAAGGUGUCCAACAAAUGGUUAGGAUGUUACCUCCGCCCGCGGGAGAGUGUCCUAUAUGGGGAAGCAAAGCAGCGGCAUGCUGCUCCUUUGGAAGGUCGGCUCCUGGACCAUUUGUGCUCUGCUUGAUACCAUCUCUUUGUAUUGUUGCUGCAUUGAUGCUGAGAUGGACGCAUUUUUCCUGGAAUUUGGUUGUGACAGGCAAGACUUAUUGUAUGUGAGGCUUGUGAGCUCACUUUAGUGUUCUUUCCUGUAAUACUGUAAGCGAGAUGGAUGCAUUUUUUGGUGCCUGUAGUGUUCUUUCCUGUACUCAUGUAAUACUGUAAGUGAGAUGCAUGUAUGAGAGAGAAUUAUUGAGUGUUUGCUGUUCAAAUGUGUAAACUGGAAAUCAGUGAAUAAAAAGACCAAAUGUUCCAUUGGACCAAA